AUGACAAACAGUUCAAUGUUCUGUCCAGUUUACAGAGAUCUUCAACCGUUUACAUACUUUUUUUAUUUAGUUUUCCUCAUUGGAAUUAUUGGAAGUUGUUUUGCAACGUGGGCAUUUAUACAGAAAACCACAAAUCACAGAUGUGUAAGCAUAUACUUAAUUAAUUUGCUUACAGCUGAUUUCCUGCUCACUCUGGCAUUACCAGUAAAAAUCGUUGUUGACUUGGGUGUGGCGCCCUGGAAGCUAAGGAUAUUCCACUGCCAAGUGACAGCCUGCCUCAUCUACAUCAAUAUGUACUUAUCUAUUAUCUUCUUAGCCUUUGUCAGCAUGGAUCGCUGUCUUCAGUUAACACACAGCUGCAAGAUAUACCGAAUACAAGAACCUGGGUUUGCAAAAAUGAUAUCAAUCGUUGUGUGGCUCAUGGUCCUCCUUAUACUGGUGCCGAACAUGGUGCUUCCCAUCAAGGACAUCAAAGAGAAGUCAAAUGUAGGUUGCAUGGAGUUUAAAAAGGAGUUUGGAAGAAAUUGGCAUUUGCUAACAAACUUCAUAUGUGUGGCAAUAUUUUUAAAUUUCUCAGCCAUCAUUUUGAUAUCCAACUUCCUUGUAAUCAGACAACUCUACAGAAAUAGAGACAACGCAAACUACCCGAGUGUGAAAUCAGCUCUGCUCAACAUUCUCUUGGUGACAGCUAGUUACAUCAUCUGCUUUGUUCCUUACCACGCUGUCAGGAUCCCAUACACCCUCAGCCAGACAGAGGUCAUAUCUGAUUGCUCAACUCGGAUUGCACUCUUUAAAGCCAAAGAGGCUACACUGCUGCUGGCUGUGUCUAAUUUGUGUUUUGAUCCAAUCCUGUACUAUCAUCUGUCAAAAGCAUUUCGACUAAAAGUCACAGAGACUUUCGCCUCACCUAAAAAGGCCAAAGCUAGGGAAGAAAAAUCAAGAAGUGAGAAUGAUGUGUAA